AUGCCGGCUGGCGAUUUAGUCCCGCCAUCCCUGACAGAGCAGCAUUUCUUGCUGCAUGCAUUGAGGUCCACGGCAGUCCGUGUUGAUGGGCGCAAGUUCGGACAGGCACGACCUGUCCGCAUUGAGUUUAGCAAUAGGCAGGGUUGGUGCCAAGUGUCGCUAGGUCAUACAGUUGUUGUAGCGUCCGUGGAUGCCACCCUAGGUCCGCCGCGUGCCGAACGUCCUUAUGAGGGCCAAUUGCAAAUAACGACGGAUAUUAUGCCCAUGGCUGGCGUCGAAUAUGAUGCUGGCGGUGUCGCUGGGGCGACUGAGUCACGCGAACGCGAAGCCCUUUUUGACCGCUUAGUAGAGCGAGCUGUGCGGCACACUGAAGCAAUUGACCGCGAAGCCUUGUGCGUGAUCGCAGGCAAGGUCGUUUGGCACAUUCAUCUCACUGUCCAUCUUUUGGCGGACCACGGCGCCCCUGUGGAUGCUGCUGUGCUGGCCAGUAUGGUGGCUUUGCGCCAUUUCCGUCGUUCGGAUGUAUCCGUGGCGGAUGGAGAAGUGACAGUCCAUUCGUCUGACGAGCGUGUCCCUGUUCCUUUGGCAUAUCACCACAUGCCUUUUUGCAUGUCGUUUGCCAUGUUCAUUCUGCGACCCGAGACGGAGACCGAACGCAGUUUGCUGAUGGCACAAUCUCACACAGCGUCUACAGACUCACAGCUGGUGGAUAUGGACGUGGAAAAAGAAGGUCCUAAGGAAUUAGAUAUACCUGUGGCUCUGUUGGAUCCAUCCAUGCUCGAGCAGACCUUAGCGCAUUCAAGCAUUUCUAUCGUGAUGAAUGCGCAGCGUGAAGUUUGUGUGCUAGACAAAGCCGGUGGUGUAUCACUCCCGUACCAAGUGAUUAUGGCGCUCCUCAAAGAUGCUGCUAUGCGCGCCAAGGAGCUCACACAACUCGUCGAAACGGCUUUAGCCGAGGAUGCCAGUAAGCGCGUCACGUCCGUACCAUAA